UUCCAAUUCUCCCUCAGGCGCAGCGGCUGGGGGGGAGGAGAGACGACAUUUGCCACGUGACUUGGACGGGUCGUGUUGUUUUGCUUUCUGCUCCGUGAAGCUCGCUCAGGCAGCAAGGAAGACGGGAAGCGCAGCCGCAGGAAGAGGUAACAUUAUAUGACCAAAUGGUGAAAUUAAUUUGCACUUUGGCAGACCACAGCGAUGAUGUCAACUACUGUGCCUUCUCUUCUUCCUACUUAGCUACAUGUUCCUUGGAUAAAUCUGUCCGUCUGUAUUCUUUAAGCAAUUUUGAAGAACUUUCUUACUCACCAUUAAAAGGCCACACUUAUGCUGUCCAUUGCUGCUGCUUCUCUCCUUUGGGACACAUUUUAGCUUCAUGUUCUACAGAUGGCAACACAGUUCUGUGGGAUACUCAAAAUGGACUGAAGCUGGCAGUGUUGGAGCACACCUGUAGAAACCCUGUAAGAAUUUGUCGAUUUUCUCCUGAUUCCAUGUACUUGGUUUCAGGAGCAGCUGAUGGAAGUGUAAAUCUUUGGAACGUUCCAUCUUUGAAAGUAUACCGAUCUGGCAGUGUUAAAGAUGGCUCUUUGGUAGCCUGUGCAUUUGCUCCUAGUGGAAACUGCUUUGUAACUGGAUCAUCAUGUGGAGAUUUAACUGUUUGGGAUGACAAAAUGAGGUGCUUGUAUAAUGAGAAAGCUCAUGAUCUUGGAGUCACCUGCUGCGACUUUUCUUCACAGCCAGUUUCUGGUAAUAAGCAAGAUGUUAAAUAUUUCCAAAUGGCAUCUUCUGGUCAGGACAACUUAAUUAAGCUAUGGCUCAUUUCACUUGCUGAUCACACAGGCCUUGAAGUGAAAUGUAAGUGUAUGUUAAAAGGACACACCGCCCCAGUUCUGGCUUGUGCUUUCUCUUGUGAUGGGCAAAUUUUAGUCUCUGGGUCUGUGGACAAAACUGUUAUGAUUUUUGAAACUAACACUGGGAGCAUCCUACACGUUUUGACUCAGCAUACCAGAUAUGUUACAACUUGUGCCUUUGCACCAGAGAUGCCACUAUUUGCUACGGGUUCAAUGGAUAAACGUGUGAAUAUCUGGCAGUUAGAACCAAAACAACUUUUCACAGGAAGUUCAGUAAUAGAGGAACCAAAGAUACCAGCUGAGAGCUGGUCAGAAGAAGUAGUUUCAGUUUGGCUAUGCAAAGUUGGGUUACAAGACCUAGUUGAGAUUUUCAAAAGGAACAAUAUUGAUGGUAAAGAACUGCUGAGUCUUACAAAAGAGAGCCUGACUGAUGAUUUAAAAAUUGAAUCCCUAGGUCUUCGUAGUAAAGUCCUGCGUAACAUAGAGGAGCUGAGGACUGAGAUGAAAUUCACCUGUUUGGGUAUCCCUGAUGAAUUCCUGUGUCCCAUAACAAGAGAGCUUAUGAGAGAGCCAGUCAUUGCUGCGGAUGGCUAUUCCUAUGAGAAGGAAGCAAUGGAAAAAUGGAUCAUUGAAAAAAGGCAUUCCAGUCCCAUGACAAAUCUCCCUCUUCAGAGACUUGUACUUACCCCAAAUAGAACACUGAAAAUGGCUAUCAGUCGCUGGUUAGACACUCAGCCAAAAUAUAAUGAAAAGCCAUCGUCCUAAACAGUAUGAUUGCUCUUUCAGUUAGUGGAUAUGAAGCUGAAGGUAGGUGAAUAAGUUGUAAGAUACUUUGUGUUACUAUCUCUCAUUGUACCUCUAUGUACACUGAUAAUUUAUACAGUGCUUAAUACCUUGACUUGACUUUAUUUAGUUUGAACAAAAUUCAAAUUGUUACAUAAUAUAAUAUAAUUUAACUCACAUAAAGUCAAAAUUAAAGUUGCAAUUCUAUAUAUAUAAGUCCAUUGAACUUAAUAGGACUCACUUCUGAGUAAAUAUGCACAGCACUGCAUGGCCCAUUAGGUUUAGUGGAAAAGCUAAGCAUGUGCUGGAUCAUGUUCAGUAACAAGUUACACUUGCAUAAUUUCUAUAAUUUGUUUAACAAUUAAGUACUUUGUUUGGUGCCUAAUGUGAAUUAUUUGAAGAAAUUAAAUCAAACAUUAAUUGAAAAACAUGUAAAGAAUUUUAUGUCCUAUCAACAAAAACUUUACUUUUGGAGCAUUCAACUAAGUAUACAGAACCCUAUAGUGGUUAGAUGAAUUUUCAUCCUUUCAAGUGUUUGUAUGCUCUGAUUAGAUAUGGCAUGGAAUGCUAGUCAGCAGUGGAUGGCAGGAUCACUUUGGCUAGGAGCCAGCACUGACAUCAUGCUUCCUUAAUUAGCAGUUACAUAUAGUCCGUGGAGCAUGAUCCAAGAGCUAAAUGACAAACCUCUCAAACUAAGGCUAAUUGAACGAACACAUCAUCAAUGUAUUCCAUACAAGUGUGGUGCUCAUAAUACUCCAAAGGGCUUCAAAAUGCCCAAACUGCGUGUAUCUGUAUUAGGUAGCUGAGUGAAAGUCUGACACAUGAUGAUAGUAAUCAAGACUGUCAUAGGGCCUGCACUAUGCUAGUCACCAGAUAUUAAAUGAAAACAUAAUACUUGCGUGUCAAGAACUUUUAAGGAGUUUUAAGGAACUUUUAACCAGUUGCCGGAAGCCUCAGGAGGGGAGAGUGUUCUUGCACUCAGGUCCUGCUUGCGGGCUUCACCCAGGCACCUGGUUGGCCACUGUGAGAACAGGAUGCUGGACUAGAUGGGCCACUGGCCUGAUCCAGCAGGCUCUUCUUAUGCUCUUAUGAUAUGCCUCGGAGAGAGAAGUAACCUAUAGAGUAGGGUGCACCUACAGCCCUCUAGAUGCUGUCCAUCAUCCCUGACCAUUGACCAUGCUGACAAGGGCUGAUGGAAUGUCUGGAGGGUCACAGGUUUCCAAUCCCAGUUAUGGGAUGUGUAUUUGUGUGUUCAUCUCUCUCUAAUUUCUAAUGAACCAUAACUGAAGUUGCAUUAGUAAUGACUGACUUACCUACUUUCUUAAGAGUGUUAUGCCGGUGAAAAGUUAUGUAUCAUACCCAACCAGAACCUAUAUUAAUAGUCUUUUAUUUCAUAUGGGAAAAAUACAGUAGCUGUGCAAAAAAAUAGAUCUACAGAACAAAAGAAUAAAAUAAGAUUGUACAAAAGCAAGUGAACAAUAAAUAAGCUAGAGAAUAACAGUUCAUUUUGAAAUUGAGGAUUCUUUAUGGAAUUUUGUUAAUAGCACACAAAUGCUGUUAUAAUAUACAUACAUAGUGUACACAUGGAAAUAAUUGUUAAAGGGCAACAGAAUACUCCAAACUUGUAUAAUCCCAACUUUACAGGAAUGUCCUUGAAAGCAUCCUUGCAAUUAAAAAAAAAAGGAUUUCCACUGAAACACUGAAAGUAUCAGAUGUCCUUCCUAUAAAAGUGAAAUGCAUGUGCUAUAUAUUCCUCCCUCAGACAUUUGUUGGGUGUUCUAUAAAAACACUAGCAAAACUUGUAUUCCUCUUCCUUACUUUCCAUCUUGUACUGACAUAGCACCUCAAAAGGUGUUUAGAUAUAACUAUGUAAAGUGCUGUUAUAUGUUGUUAACAUGUCAUAAUAUUAUGUUACUCAGUGCAAUAACCAGGAUGUUGGACAAAUUUCAUGCAAAAUCUCCUGUAAUUUACUUCCUGCUUUGCAGUAACUAAAAUCAACCUCAGUUGCAUGAU